CAGGGCCAUGGAUAAGGGGGUACCACCAGUCCUCCUGUACGGGGCCCAGGCUAGCAGGGGGGCCCAGGCAAACUGGGUGAAUCAGAUGUGGGCAGGGAGAGUGGGGGAGAGAUUGGCACAGUGGGGGAGGCAAUUACUGGAACUGAUGAAUGCCUCUCUUUGCAGCAGCUGAAAUCUUCUCCCCCCCCGUCCUGCUGGUUUUCAGCUGCUGCAGAGAGACAUACAGGGGAUCGGUUCCAGUAAUUGGCCCACCCUGGCUGUACCCAUCACCCUCCCUGUGCACCAUACAUUUCCUCCUGCUGCCCAGGACCCCCCUUGCUGCUGGCUUCCCUCCUCUCCUUCCCAUUGGCAGUUGCAAUCACACAAUAGGAUCCUUCAGGAUGGAGAGUGGGGGAAGGGUCCGAUAAAUAUGUCACAUCUACCAGGCCCUUCCUUUCCUGAAUGAACACAAUGAGUGACCGGUACCGAUCACUCACUGUGCUUAU